CAAAGCGCACUCGCAUCAAACGGCAACUGUACCGUUGCACAUCCACAUCAACCUGGACACAGUACAUGCCAUUGUUUGCUUGCGGUGGACAAGAACCCGUCUGAUACGUCACAUGACAUGAGCUGCACGUUCAACAUUCCAGAGCUGAUAUAUAAAAGGACUGCUCAAGGUCUGUUCAUAACACAUCCUUUAAGCAACAGGCAUCACGACUGCAAAGAUGGCAUUUGCUCUUCGCGUAUUGCUCCUCCUUUGUGGGAUCAGUGGACUCUUUACUGGAGUCUGGUCAGUGGCUACCGUGCCAAUUCCUUGCUGCCCAACUGGUUGGACUCGGUUUAUGGACCGCUGUUUUGUCUUCCAAAACACUCGACUCAACUUUACAGAUGCAGUGGAAGCCUGCAACAACAUGAAUGGGUCGUUUCUGGCACCCGUUCGCAAUUCAGUGGAAGAUGCGCUUCUUUUCCAACUGAUUCGGAAUGGUAAUGGAGGUGCUGUUAGGGACACCUGGAUUGGAUUUCAUGAUGCAAUUAAGGAGGGUACCUUUGUCUCGAUUGAUGGCGAGAAAUCCAAAUUCCAAAACUUCAGAACUGGCCAGCCAGAUAACUUUCUGGACGGGGAAGACUGUGCUGAGAUUGAUGAUGAAGGCAAUUGGAAUGAUGAUGGUUGCGCAGAUCAAAAUACUUAUCUCUGCGCCAAAGACCUGUGGUAAAGAAUCAGCUUUCCAAGCGUCACACCUGCAACUCCCUGGAAUAUCUUUUCGACCACCUUGAUGCCUCCCUUUAGUUUGGAUCAGUUUUAAGUGGUGUCCUUCUUUACCUGGACUACAGUUAAAUUGUUUUUCCUUCUCUUUUUCUCCUCUAACAAUGUUGGUAUCCCUCCAAUAAAUGAAGGAAU